AGGAAAAUGUAUCGUCCCGGCCUCACGUCUCUCUCCCAGAUCGCGCUCCGCUCCUGUUCGUCCUCUGCGCCGCGGGAAGCCCCCCAGGAAGCCCCCCACUCCACCAGGCAACACAGUAAAAGCUGUUCGUGUGUCGGGUGAUUUCGGAUCGGGAGGUUUCUGUUGUUUUUCCGCCUUGAUCCGAACGGGAGAUGCCGAGGACCAAGAAAAAGCACAGCCGAGGGGGGCACAAUGGCAAUGUGCAGCCCUUCAGUGAUGAGGACGCCUCCAUUGAGACCCUCAGUCAUUGCAGCAGCUUCAGUGACGCCACCAGUGUAGCGGACGAAGGUGGAGAAGCUAGUGAAGACACAGCCCAGGAGGAUUUUCAGUACAAGCUGAAGGGCUUCAUAGACAGCACCGUGGACAAGAGUGCUAAGACCCGACAGGGGGCACUGGAUGGGCUAAAGAGUGCAAUGGCCACACGGAUCCUGUAUGAGUUCAUCUCUGACCGAAGAAUGACCAUCACAGACAGCAUCGAACGCUGCGUUAAGAAAGGUAAAGGCGAGGAGCAGCGAGCGGCAGCGUCUCUGGCCUGCCUGCUGUGUAUCCAGCUGGGCUCGGGCAUCGAGAGUGAGGAGGUGCUGAAAACCCUCAAACCAGUCUUUAAAAACAUCCUGGCAGACGGAUCAGCCAACAUACAAGCCCGACAGGCUGUGGCAACGAGUCUGGGCCUGUGUAGUUUAGUUGCAGAAGACGACAUUUUGGACAUCCAUGACACCAUGGAGUGCUUUGAGAACCUGUUCUCCCGGUCCUGUGCGAGGGGGGACGGUACCUGUCCUUCGGUCAGUCCGCAGAUGAGCCAGCUGUACACCAACGCCCUGCUGUCCUGGGCACUGCUGCUCACCAUCUGCACCGCCAGCCAGCUCAAACACGUCCUGCACAAGUUCCUGCCCAAACUACCAAAGUUGCUGGAGAGUGAGGAUGUCAACAUGAGGAUCGCUGCAGGGGAAACCAUUGCCCUUCUGUUUGAGCUGGCCAGAGACAUGGACGCUGAUUUUGAUUUCGAUGGCUGGGAGGAACUGUGUGAUAAACUGAACUCGUUGGCCACAGACUGUAACAAGCACAGAGCCAAGACGGACAAGAGAAAGCAGCGCUCUGUGUUCAGGGACGUGCUCAAGGCUGUAGAGGAGGGUGAAUUCCAAUCUGAGACCAUUCGCUUUGGGACAGAGCGCAUGACCAUUGAUAGCUGGGUCAGAAAGAGGACGUAUGAUGCCUUCAGGGAGUUUGUGGGCUCUGGGAUGAAUGACCAUCUACAGGGAAAUGAAUUCAUCAGAGACGUGUUUGAGCUUGGACCACCGAUACUGGUUGAUGCCGCCACUAUAAAGGCCAUGAAAAUACCUCGCUUUGAAAGGCAUCUGCACAACUCUGCUGCAUUCAAGGCUCGGACCAAGGCCAGAAGCAAGUUCAGGGACAAGAGAGUGGAUGUAGGAGAAUUUUAAGUUUAAUAAUUUUUUUUUUGACUCUAGUUACCCAUUAAUCAUGCUUCCCUGCUUUUUUUAGACAAAUUGUUCAGAUAUGUUCUCCCCUGAAAUCAUUCAAGUCUCUGACACUCACCUUCUGUUGACGUAAGAGUCGGCCAUAUCAGACACUCUGCUCUGUAAAGGACGAUGCUUUUUUUUUUUUACAGUAGCUACACUUCACAUCUACAGGAGGAGAGUGUGAGGGUUUUGUGUGGAGUCCAACAUUAAUAUAUUCACACAUUAACUGGUGUUGUACAUACAGUGUGUAUUUGUUUUCUUCUCAUGUUAAUAUUAAUUUUGUGGCCUUUUUCUUUGGAGCGUUGUAAUAAGUUAUGAUUUUUGUGAGCAAUUGUCUUGCACUAUGUAUUUCUCUUUUAGUUUAUAGCAAAAAAACAUGUAACUGUCCUGUUGUAUUCUGUUGCACUACCUUGGUAAACAUUAAGUUGUAUUUUAGUAUCAGGUGUGUAAUUUAAAGACAAGGGUGAUGAAAUAAACACUAAAAAGCUGUAA